CAAAUUCCACUAACUGCCUAUUUAAAUUCGCUUUUUCUUUUGUGUCGCAGUCACUGAGAAGCUAUUCAGAACAAGCAGGAGAGCUACAGAAGAUCGAUCAUGGCGAACCCUAAGCUCGGUAGAAUCCCCAGCAUGAGGGAGCGCGUGGAGGAUACUCUUUCUGCUCAUCGCAACGAGCUCAUCUCUCUUCUCUCCAGGUAUGUGGCUCAGGGAAAAGGAAUCUUGCAACCUCAUACUUUGAUCGACGAGCUCGAUAAUAUUAUAGGAGAGGAAGAAGCUAGGCUGAAGCUCAGCGAUGGUCCUUUCGUUCGGCCAAGACCUGGUGUUUGGGAAUAUGUUCGUGUUAAUAUUCAUGAACUCAGUGUGGAGCAACUGAGUGUUCCUGAAUAUCUUCACUUCAAGGAAGAACUUGUAGAGGAAAAGAUUGAUGGCCGUCUUGCGCUGGAGCUUGAUUUCGAGCCAUUCAAUGCUCAUGUUCCUCGCCCCAACCGCUCUUCAUCUAUUGGCAAUGGUGUUCAGUUUCUCAAUCGUCACCUUUCUUCAAUUAUGUUCCGUAACAAGGACUCUUUGGAGCCAUUGCUUAAUUUUCUUAGAGCACACAAACACAAAGGGCAUGCUCUGAUGUUGAAUGAUCGCAUCCAAAGUGUAUCACGACUUCAAUCUGCUUUGGCUAAGGCAGAAGAUCAUAUCUCUAAGCUUCCUCCUGAUACACCAUAUUCGGAUUUUGAAUAUGUAUUACAAGGGUUGGGUUUUGAGAGAGGUUGGGGGGACACUGCAGCAUGUGUGCUGGAAAUGAUUCAUCUUCUCUUGGAUAUCCUUCAGGCUCCAGAUCCUUCUACAUUAGAGACAUUCCUUGGGAGAGUGCCCAUGGUGUUUAAUGUAGUGAUUCUGUCUCCACAUGGGUACUUUGGACAAGCAAAUGUUUUAGGUUUGCCUGACACUGGUGGGCAGGUUGUUUAUAUACUGGACCAAGUGCGAGCUCUAGAGAAUGAAAUGCUUCUCAGGAUAAAGAAGCAAGGACUGGAUAUUACUCCAAGAAUUCUCAUUGUGACCAGGUUAAUUCCUGAUUCAAAGGGUACAACAUGCAACCAGCGCCUGGAGAGAGUCAGUGGGACAGAACAUACUCAUAUUCUGCGAGUUCCUUUUAGAUCAGAGAAAGGAAUUCUUCGUAAAUGGAUCUCAAGGUUUGAUGUAUGGCCUUAUCUGGAGACUUUUGCUCAGGAUGUAGGACAUGAAAUUGCAGCAGAGUUGCAAGGCCUCCCAGAUUUUAUCAUAGGAAAUUACAGUGAUGGGAACCUUGUUGCCUCAUUAUUAGCUUACAAAAUGGGAGUAACACAGUGCACCAUUGCUCAUGCAUUGGAGAAAACAAAAUAUCCAGAUUCUGAUAUAUACUGGAAAAAAUUUGACGAGAAAUAUCACUUCUCUUGCCAAUUCACUGCUGAUCUAGUAGCCAUGAAUCAUGCUGAUUUUAUUAUCACCAGUACAUAUCAAGAGAUUGCUGGAACGAAGAAUACCGUUGGCCAGUAUGAGAGCCACUCUGCUUUCACUCUUCCAGGUCUUUAUCGAGUGGUUCAUGGCAUUGAUGUUUUUGAUCCAAAAUUCAAUAUUGUUUCUCCCGGGGCAGAUAUGUGCAUAUAUUUCCCAUAUUCUGAAAAGGAAAAGAGACUUACAGCACUGCAUGGUUCAAUAGAAGAAAUGUUGUAUAACCCUGAGCAAAAUGAUGUACACGUUGGUACAUUGAGUGAUCGGUCAAAGCCCAUAAUCUUUUCCAUGGCAAGGCUGGAUCGAGUUAAAAACAUGACUGGGUUGGUGGAGUGCUAUGGUAAAAGUACCAAGCUCAGGGAACUGGCAAACCUUGUUCUGAUAGCUGGUUACAUUGAUGUGAAUAAGUCCAAGGACAGAGAAGAAAUUGCAGAAAUUGAAAAGAUGCAUAACCUUAUCAAGGAGUACAAAUUGGAUGGUCAAUUUCGUUGGAUUGGAGCUCAAACAAAUCGAGCACGUAAUGGUGAGCUCUAUCGUUGUAUAGCUGACACAAAAGGUGUUUUUGUACAGCCUGCCUUUUAUGAAGCUUUUGGCCUUACUGUUGUGGAAGCCAUGACAUGUGGCCUACCGACAUUUGCCACUUGCCAUGGUGGUCCAGCAGAGAUAAUUGAGGAUGGGAUAUCAGGAUUUCAUAUUGAUCCAUAUCACCCUGAUCAGACUGCUGAAAUCCUUGUGAAUUUCUUUCAACAAUGCAAAGAGGACCCAAGCCACUGGAAUAAGAUUUCUGAUGCAGGUCUUAAAAGGAUCCAUGAAAGGUAUACAUGGAAUAUCUAUUCUGAAAGGCUAUUGACACUAGCUGGGGUAUAUGGUUUCUGGAAAUACGUCUCAAAACUUGAGAGGCGUGAGACCAGAAGAUAUCUUGAAAUGUUCUACAUUCUUAAAUUCCGUGAUUUGGUUAAAUCUGUGCCCUUGGCCGCUGAUGACUAACGCUGCUACUCAAGGAAGUGACUUCGCACUGUCUCGAUGUUAUGUAAGUAAAUCUAUGUUUUUAUUAAUAAAUAGCAUCUCCAAUGAGGUUGAAUGUUGAAGAUGCAUGUUGCUCCUGGUUAUGGAGCAUUUCCAUUGAUGUUUGGCCAUCAUGUUAUGUAAGCGAAGUCAUGUUCCUGGUUAAUGUGUGGAAGUUAUUGUGCCGUAACUGUAUUACCGGUUCAUCGUAAAUAUCUGAAUAAAAUUUUGGAUUAUGGACAUUAUGGUAUGGUAUGGGGCUUUCAUAAAAGCUGUUGUUCUUA